AUGAGAAAAUCACUACAUUUUCAACAGGGCAAUCGAUCAAAAGUUACCCCAAAGAAAUUAACACCAGAUAUUGUGACCGAUCCACGUUUCAUUAUUUUGGCAGUUUUUGAAAUCGAACGAUCAUGGGCAUAUGCUAUGCAACUGAAAGCUGAAUCUGCCACAGAAAUUCGCAAACGUUUUCAAAUGUGUUCUCGUCUUCGUAAAGCAGUUGCACGUGCUGAGCUUUUGUGUAGCAUGGAAGAUGAUUUAUCAUUAUUAGACGCACAAACCAAACUUGAACUGCGCGCCUACAGGCAAUGGAUUCGUGGAAUUUUAUUUUUUGAAUUGCAGAAUUGGGCCACAGCCAAAGAGCAUCUGGAGUCAGCUCAAGCUAUCUAUGAUGUCUUACUUCAGAUGGUUGAUGAAGACAGUCGAAGUGUGUAUAAGUCUCGCAUUGAUGAUCUUCUGCCUCAAAUUCGAUACUGUGCUCAUUCAAUUGGAGAUGAGACAGCAGCCGACGAUUUACAGCGAAUGCGUAAUCAAGCAUCUGAUGGUCUAACGCUGUUAUCAGAGCUUCAGUUAGAUCAACUUCUUAGUCAAGCUCGAGCUAGACAGGCUAGCCAAGUUAGUGAGGUAGAUUGGUUGGGAACUAUAAUUCCAGUAAAAUCAGAAAAGGCAAAAAUUGCAAUCUUAACUGUAAAGGAAUCUGAAUCAGAAUUGAUAAAGGCAGAAACGCCUUCAGCGAAAUUAGCUAUUUACGAAUCAGUUUUGAAAUCAUGUGUUGAAGCGAUUACAUCUGUCAGAGAUGAGUUACGUACUGCAGUGGCGGCUGAACCAUCUGUUACUGGAGAUAAACACAAAGCAGCUAUGGUGGCUUCCACUAAAUCCGGUCAGAAAUUAGGCUCUGAAAAGGUUUCACGGCUUCAAAUGUUAUAUACUUAUUUACAAUAUUUAAAAUUAAGUAAAACAAUCGAUCGAACUCUUCUGCACAUUGAAGCCACUAUUGUCGGGUUAGCUGAAGGAACUCAAAGAAGGAAUAAUCUUGCUACAAGUGCUUAUUCUAAACCACAAGAACUCUCUCGUCUCUACGAUACUGUGGUACAGAAUUUCCAGGAGAUUAUUUCUCUACCGUGUUUGAUUCAAGAACAUAAUGGUUUAAAGGAUUUAUUAUACGCGAAAAUGUUAUCCAAUCGUAGUUAUCGGUGUUAUUACCUUGCACUUGCUUAUAACUGUAGUAAAAAAUACACUGAAUGUUCCGCCCUUCUUAUGAGGGCAAAGCAUCACGCUGAAAAGGCAAUCACUUCACUUGAUACUUCAACUUCAACAUGGACUAAAUCAGAAGAGGCAGUUGCACCUGGUCCUGAUCCUGAUUGUCUGGCGAAAUCCCUUCAUUCCCUUAUACUACAAGCUGAAUCAGAAGAUUUUGCUUGCAAGGCAGCCUCAAUGCUCGAUACGGGAGAAGAGGCUGAGACAGUUUGCGUCACUUCUCUUACACCUACUGCAGGAGCAGAUGUUUCACAAAAGGUUCUGAUUGAUCGUUUGGAUGCUUACGCAGAUGACAAAACUGUGGAGAAAUCGUUCAGUAAUUUUGUAUAUCCCUUUGUUCAAUUGCCUCCUAAAUUCUGUCCUGUUCCUGUGAAGCCAAUCUUCUUCGAUCUAGCUUUAAAUCAUAUUAAUUUCCCAUCUUUAGAUGAUAAAAUAGGCUUGAAGGCUAAUGCAUCUUCCAAGUCUUCUGGUUUGACAGGUCUCAUGCGUGGAUGGUUAUGGCGUGGUUCAGAGCCGACAGGAGCAUAA